GCCGUCCAGCGGGAGGCGGAGCGAGUCCAAAAUGGCGGCUCUCAGGCUGGCGCGCUCCGUGCUGCUGAGGCUUUGAGGUGGUCGCUCGGGGCCGGAGGGGGACGAUUUCCCCGCCGCGGGGCCCCCAGAGAAUGAAUCGGGGGCUCUGCUGAGGCGAGGCGGCAGGGCUGGAGAACAGUGGCAGCAAAGGGCUGCGGUGGCGUCCACGCAGCGGGAUGUGCGAGAGUUACUCCAGGUCGUUGUUGAGGGUCUCGGUGGCGCAGAUCUGCCAGGCGCUGGGCUGGGACUCGGUGCAGCUCAGUGCCUGCCACCUCCUCACCGACGUCCUGCAGCGCUAUCUGCAGCAGCUGGGCCGGGGCUGCCAUCGGUACUCUGAACUCUAUGGCCGAACAGACCCCAUUUUGGAUGAUGUUGGUGAAGCCUUCCAACUUAUGGGGGUUAAUCUGCAUGAACUAGAAGACUAUAUUCAUAAUAUUGAACCUGUCACUUUCCCACAUCAAAUUCCUUCAUUUCCUGUUAGCAAGAACAAUGUCCUUCAGUUUCCUCAGCCGGGAAGUAAAGAUGCAGAGGAAAGAAAAGACUACAUUCCGGAUUACCUGCCCCCCAUUGUGUCUUCUCAAGAAGAGGAGGAAGAGGAGCAGGUGCCCACUGAUGGGGGCACCUCAGCAGAAGCCAUGCAGGUACCCUUGGAAGAAGAUGAUGAAAUGGAGGAGGAGGAAGUUAUCAAUGAUGAGAACUUCUUGGGUAAGAGGCCACUGGACAGUCCUGAAGUGGAAGAAAUGCCCACCAUGAAGCGCCCACGACUCCUGAGCACUAAAGGGGACUCCCUAGAUGUUGUAUUGUUAGAAGCACGAGAACCUCUCAGCUCAAUAAAUCCACAGAAGAUCCCACCAAUGCUUUCUCCUGUGCAUGUCCAGGACAGUACUGAUAUGGCCCCUCCAUCACCAGACCCCCCCAUGCUGGCUCCAUUUGCAAAGUCACAACUACCAAUUGCAAAGCCAUUAGAAACAAAAUCAUUUACACCGAAAACAAAGACUAAAGCUAGCUCUCCAGGUCAGAAAACUAAAUCACCCAAGGCUACCCUAUCACCAGCAAGGCUUGGAAGUCCUAUUCGGUCACCAAAAACCAUCCCCAAAGAAAAGAAAUCACCCGGACGUUCUAAGAGCCCCAAGAGUCCUAAGAGCCCCAAGAUUGUAACUCAUGUUCCCCAACCCCCUGUCAGACCUGAAACACCAAAUAGGACCCCUUCAGCUAUGCUGCUUGAAAAAACUGUUAAAGAGACCAUCCCGGUGAAACCAACACAGACUCCCCCAGAAGUUGGGAAGCUGAACAUUGAAAUGCAGCUGAAGAAGGGUAUAGUAACAGACAAAACCAUCGAUGACUCCAUCGAUGCUGUGAUCGCACGCGCCUGUGCAGAGCGGGAGCCAGACCCUUUCGAGUUCUCUUCCGGAUCAGAAUCGGAGGGAGACACUUUUACAAGUCCUAAGAGGAUUUCAGGGUCAGAGUGCACCACUCCAAAAGCUUCUACUUCCUCUAAUAACUUCACCAAAUCCCUGGCUACUCCUCUGCCUCUCUCUGGCGGAACCUCAAGUUCGGAUAACUCAUGGACAAUGGAUGCCUCUAUUGAUGAGGUGGUACGGAAGGCAAAGCUGGGAACCCCUUCCAACAUGCCUCCCACCUUCCCAUAUAUCUCUUCUCCCUCCAUUUCUCCUCCCACUCCCGAGCCUCUGCACAAGGGGCAUGAGGAGAAAACCAAGCUGCCUUCAUCUGUGGAUGUAAAGAAGAAGUUGAAAAAAGAACUGAAGACUAAGUUGAAAAAGAAAGAAAAGCAGCGGGACAGAGAGAGGGAGAGAGAGAGAAACAAAGAAAGAAGCAAAGAGAAGGAUAAAAUGAGAGAGAGGGAGAAGGAGAAGGAGGCUGGGAAGGAAGUUAAGUACCCAUGGAAGGAGCUGAUGAAAGAUGAAGAUUCCGAUCCCUAUAAGUUUAAAAUCAAAGAAUUUGAAGACAUCGAUGCGAAAGUGCGAUUGAAAGAUGGGAUCAUGAGGAGAGAGAAAGAGAAGCAUAAGGACAAGAAGAAAGAUCGAGAAAGAGGCAAGCGAGAGAAAGAUAAGCGAGAAAGGGAAAGGCUUAAAGAAAAAAGCAGAGAAGACAAGAUAAAGGCCCCUCCAACGCAGCUGGUGUUGCCCCCAAAAGAAAUGGCGCUACCUUUGUUCAGUCCUUCAGCAGUGAGGGUCCCGGCCAUGCUGCCAGCCUUUUCACCAAUGCUCCCAGAAAAACUGUUUGAGGAAAAAGAGAAGCCCAAGGAGAAAGAAAGGAAAAAGGACAAAAAGGAGAAGAAGAAGAAGAAAGAGAAAGAGAAGGAAAAGGAGAAGAAAGAGAGGGAGAGGGAGAAGGAGAAAAGGGAGAGAGAGAAGAAAGAGAAAGAAAAGGAGAAACACAAGCAUGAAAAAAUAAAAGUGGAGCCUGUCAUCCCAGCCCCAAGUCCAGUUAUCCCCAGGUUGACUCUGCGAGUUGGCGCUGGCCAAGACAAGAUUGUCAUCAGCAAGGUGGUGCCAGCCCCGGAGGCUAAGCCUGCUCCGUCUCUGAACAGACCUAAAACCCCACCUCCAGUCCCGGUCCCCAUUCCUGUUCGAGUGAGCCCUACUCCCCUGCCACCACCACUCCUCACUCAGGCUGCCGUGUGCCCAGCCCUGAUGCCAUCCCCAGCUCCUGCCCUCUCUGCAGCAGGGAGUGCCAAAGCCCCGGUGCGGAGCGUAGUGACAGAGACAGUCAGCACUUACGUGAUCCGUGAUGAGUGGGGCAAUCAGAUCUGGAUCUGUCCAGGGUGCAACAAGCCUGAUGACGGGAGCCCGAUGAUUGGCUGUGACGACUGUGACGAUUGGUACCACUGGCCCUGUGUGGGAAUCAUGGCUGCUCCUCCAGAAGAGAUGCAGUGGUUCUGCCCGAAGUGUGCCAACAAGAUAAAGAAAGACAAGAAGCACAAGAAGAGGAAGCACCGGGCACACUGACGUCAGCGUGGGCAGGACUGCUGCCCUGCACCAGGUCGGGGCUGAGCUGGUUCUGCCAUCCUGUCUCUCCCGGGCCCUGUGGACAGUGCAUCCCCCAAGGAGCAAGGACAAGAAAAUGCCAUGGCUCUGGAUGCUCCCUCCCGAAACACAUGGGCCUGAGCUCCCACAGCGUGUGUUGCUGAAGAAAAACUCCAGUGGAGGCCCGGUCUGGGGGCCGGCACCUCCAUCUGCCUAUUACCAGUGACAAGUAUUAAUAAAGACACACACAUCUGCCCUCUUGAUCUCCUUUCUUCUCUCCAGAACCUUUCAUUACGGUAUUAGAUAAGAAGGUAAUGUACAAAUGCCUUGACUGCUUGAAGGGUGCAUCACUAGCUACAGUUGGCAAGCCCGCUCCCUCCACAGUGAGAUAAUCAUAAGGAAAGAACGCUCCAGUCAGAGGACUGGGAAAUAUUUUUGUGAUGAGAGUAUAUGAAGCUCCCCGCCACCCGACUUUUCUUACUGACGUGUACAAUGUUCAGGCUUUUGUGAGAUACCUUAUAUUUUUUAAGAAAAAGGUUUCUAUCAUGUCCUGUCCACCUCUGUGCAAAUUCUUUUCAUUUGGCCUAUUUUAUAACUUGGUUGCAUUCUUAUUCCACUGUGUGAACUGCUGGAGUCCCCUCUCGCUGCGUGUGCAUCUCAUCAACUUGUAUAAAACUCUUGAUACUGAGAAGAAUUCCCCCUCACUGUAAAUAAUAAAUAUUUAUGAAGUAGUUAUUUUUAAAAUUUUUUUAUCGUGUUUAAUUCUGGCUUUCUCUGGAAUCCGCUGUGAUUUCAGCCAUGUCUGUAAUUGCUGCUGUGCAUAGGCAAAGAAGAGAGAAAGAGGACCCAGAGCCAUGCCCCUCCCCGGGCCCACAUGGUGGGCGAGGACCCCAGCAACUGGAAGGAAACAAGGCAAUUGACAUCUCGAGUUGAUGGUUUAAAAUUGUUUUGUUUUGUUGUAUAUUUUCUGUAAAUUUCUCUCACUUUUACUAAAAAGGACAUGUAGUUUCCACAAAAGUAAAAAGAAAAAAAAAAAAAGAAAGAAAAAAUACUGUAGCAUUUUGUGUUUAUAUUGUUUUAUUUCUACAGAUUUGUUCAUGAAUAUUGUGCUUUAAGGUUGAAAUGAAGUAUAUUAUGAAUUUUUUUAAGAAAAAUCAUCAAAUUUCAGGGUAUCACAAAACUUUCUUAUAUUACUAUACUGCCCACUAUUUAUUAUAUGUUAUAGAUAUCUGAAACGUAAACCAAAUGUUUUAUUUUUAAUGUAAAAAAGAACCCAUCAAAUUUAACUUUAUUAGCAUAUUUUAGUGACUUUGGAAUAACUAUGGACUUUUACUUGAUUUUGAAAUAACCCCAAUCCGGGCAUGUGUGAAGGCUAUCUUGAAUGUUAGAAUGUGGGAUUUGAACCUAAUGCAAAUAUAUGAAUAGAAAUGUGAUUUGUUUUUACUGCCAACUCAGUUGACAUUAGCAUUAUAAUAACUCCUAUUUUGAGACAUAUAAUGUGGUUUCAGACAUGCGGUUCUCUGCCUUGAUGUUAAAUUGCAGAACAGUGGAAACGGAGUCAACCUGUGAAGAGUGUCGAAGCGACCACCCUCCUUGUUCUAGAAGCCAGAAGUUUCCAUCACCCCCCACACACUGCACCCGAAGAAGUAUCUAUGUUGAGAAGUGUCUCUUUUCUUUUUCAUCCAUUAGAGAUCAUUCUAAAUACUUUAUACAAUAUUUUCACAUGCACAAGUAUACCCGUUAGUGCUCUUUGGAGACGACAAAGGGUGGGGGAAGUGCAAAAUAAAGAUUAUUGGCUGUUUCGUA